GAGUUCGUUCGCCGUUCUCUUCGGAGUCUAUCACGCUAGGCUUAUAGCUUUUGCCCAGUGCUCGCGCAAAACUUUUUCCUAAUAAUUCGAAAUACAAACGAAAGACGUGAUUUUAAAUUUUUGUAUUGUGAAACUGUGCGGAAGAGAAGAUUGUUUUGGACGGUAUUGGAAUUUGAAGUGCUCCGUGUUUGUACUGUGAGUGUGUUGUGGUCACAGGUGUCGCAUUCCAGGGACGUCGUCGCAGCCUCUGGACCCGGCACACUGGGCAGGUGAACCGCUAGUCAACCCUAUUUUUACCGAUACAAAAAUAUCUGAUCGACUAUGAAGCCAAACCACAAACGACAUUAAGAUGGAGCACUGUCCAACAUGAUUUGAGGAAUGCGAGAGUGCCGGCGUAAUAAUUUCUGCGUAAUGAGAUGGCGCGGUGGAGCGCGCUGAUCCAGCAUGGGCGACCGAUAUGGCUUCUUCUGUUAUUUCUACUGCAAACGGCAGCGACACCUGGUCCAUGUGAAGUGGAAACUGGCCAGUCUAGCAUUAUUGUAGACAUAGAAGAGAGCAGAGGAAAUCAAGUAAACCAAAGCACAAUACCAGCAGAGCUCCCUGUGGUUGGUGAGCCUGGAGUAGACAUCAUACUAACAACGGUGUUCCCCAAGGGCCCGACGCUGUUCGAGCUCGACGGAAAGCGGUUACAGCUGUUGCAGCCAUUGGAUAGAGAUGCUGACAAUUUGUCGCACAUGGUAUUUCAGCUGGUGUGCCAGGUGAAAGCCACGAAGAAACGAAGAACUAUACCGGUGAUAGUACGAGUAUCGGAUAUCAACGAUAAUGUGCCGGUUUUCGUCAACACUCCCUAUCAAGUCAAUGUUUCCGAGCUUGUACCAAUAGGCUCUACGAUAUUCAGCGACAUAAAAGCGGUAGACAAAGAUGCAGGCGUCAAUGGCCUUGCAGAGUAUUUCAUAGUACCAGGAGACAAUAAAACGUUAGAAGAAACGGGGGCUGAGGAUGGUUACAGCUACUUUGCGAUACCAUUGCCACAUCAGGGGCAGAUAACAGUUAACAGGACCUUGGAUUAUGAACGCACGAAGCAGUAUCUAGUCACAAUUGUUGCUUCUGACCGUGCACACGACACCAAGCGAAGACUGUCAAGUACUACAACGUUGACGGUGAAUGUCUUGGACGACGACGAUCAAGAUCCAUCGUUCAUUUACAAGGGCUGCAUGUUACAUGAAGGAGCAUGUUUCCACCCCGAGUAUGCAAGUUUUGUCAACAGCGGUGUUCUAGCAGGUACGCUGUCGAUUGAGCCAGAAAGGAUCCAAGCAGUGGACAUGGAUACGUUAGAGGCCAGAAUACGUUACACCAUUGACAGUGGUGAUCCAGACACCUGGGCCAAUUACUUUUCAAUAGAUCAGAAUACUGGGGCAGUUAGACAGUUGAUUCCUGUCGAUACUAGCGUUGCGAAGAAAUUUACAUUAGUUAUUAAGGCGGAAGAGGUAACAGAAGCAAAAAGAUUUACAACAGCAACGCUCACUGUAACAGUUCGACCAGUAGACGCAAGUCCGCCGGUAGUUGCCGCUACGGCAGAUGAGGGAACGGUCCCCGAGAAUUCGCCAAAGGGCACCAGAGUCCUGGAUGGAAAUGGUCGACCGAUUCGGUUGAGCGUUACAGAUGCGGAUUUGGGACCAGACGAUCCAAAGCCCAACUACACUUUUGAGCUGACGACAAAUUACUUUGACGUAAAGAACAGUUUCCUUGUAGUUAAUGAAGAUAAUUUGGACCGUGACCCACCAAAUACUGGCAGAUUUAGGUUCCAAGUGGUGGUCAGAGAAACGAACGGCGGUGCAGCUUCUGCACCGCUCACGCUAGCGGUUAAACUUUUGGAUGAGAACGACAACUCACCGGUCAUACCAAAGACUCAGCCUAUUAUUGUACCUGCUAGCUUGGAGCCUACUAUUGUUCAUAAGGUGGAUGCGGUAGACAUCGAUGAGGGUGAGAAUGCACGCAUAACGUACAGCAUUUAUCACGUAUCUAACAACGGUGGCAACAAAUUCACUAUAGAUCCAAACACCGGGGUUAUAUCGAGCACAGCCCGUCUUCAAGCAGGCGAACAAUACAGUAUAACUGUGAGAGCAUCAGACGCCAAAGGCCUCAGCUCUCAAGGAAUAGUGGAGUUGAGCGUCUCACCAGGCCCUAAUACAAGGCCACCGCAGUUUUCUUCAAGAGAUUACUUCGCACCGGUGUCAGAGGGCGCUGCGAUCAACUCUACUGUUACAACCGUCACUGCCAAGGACCCAGAAAACGAACCUGUGAAUUAUUCUAUUGUGUCAGGGAAUGAUCUUCGUCAGUUUGCGAUAGGGGCCAACACAGGCAUCAUUACUGUCAUCAGACGAUUGGAUCGAGAAGUCCUUACGAGAUACCAAUUGAUGGUAAAAGCUGAGGAUCCUGGGAAGUUGGCGAGUACAGCCACAGUCAACAUCAAAGUUACGGAUAUUAAUGACAACAAUCCGAAAUUCGAUGAAGAAGUGUACACAUUCCAAGUCAAAGAAGGAACAGCGGGCGAGUUCGUAGGCUACGUGCAUGCGACAGACGCGGACGAAGGUAUCAACGCAAUGGUCAGUUACAGCCUCCCACCGCACCUGCCUUUCGACAUCGACAACACGUCAGGACUCAUCGCUACUAAUUCUAAACUCGAUUACGAACAAACUAAGGAAUACGCGUUCGUAGUAACAGCAAUGGAUGGUGCCAUCGAUAAGCGUCUAGGCACAGCUUCUGUCACCGUACUAGUCCAGGACAUCCCCGACGAGUCACCUAUCUUCGAACAGAGCUUGUAUUCUGUACAUGUGCCCGAGAAUGCGGCUAACCACCCUGUUGUUAAAGUAGUCGCAAUCGAUCGAGACACAGAACCAGAAAUAACCUACACAAUCUUAAAGGGUGAUAUGGAAUCCUUUUCAAUAGACCGUAAAACUGGCAUGAUACGAACAUUGAAACCUUUGGAUAGAGAGGCGCAAGCGAAACAUGAACUCCUGGUGGGUACAGAGGAAAACAAUGCAGAAACUGCCGGUGCUACUACACUCGUGGAAGUUAUUGUUGAUGAUAAAAAUGACAAUGCGCCGAUAUUCACCUCCUUAAUACGCCCAGUUACGAUAGAAGAUUCAUCCUCCAUCGGUACACUUGUCCAAACUGUAGUAGCUAGCGACGCGGACGCGACAGUUCCUAACAACAGAGUUCGGUACAAGUUGGUUGGAAGGGGUAAAGCAUCGAAGUACUUCCACGUGGAACCUGACACGGGAGCUGUCAGAGUUAGAGAUGAUUUGAGGAAAGAGACUGAUAGCGAAUAUACGGUGGACGUGCAGGUUUACGACCAAGGAGAGCCAGUGUUGUCUUCUGUCACCAGUCUUACUGUAUACGUCAGUCACUCAGCAACUGUCCCACCAGAUGUGGGCCUAGGAUUCGCAGAUACAGUAUAUACUGAACACGUGGCGGAAAAUUCGCCUAACGGCACACUAGUGCGGAUAUUACCUUUACUCAAUAAGAGAGAACACUCGCCAAAUACUCCGCUUAAGUGUCGGCUAACCGAGUCAUCGCAGAAAGAUGUAUUCCUCGUCAAGCUGACCGAAGAACGCGACUGUGCGAUCUAUUUAAACACCAGUGCUCUCGACUAUGAAACCCUAUCAGAAUAUUCUCUGGAACUCCAACUAGAGUCCAUAAAAGGCCUUAUAAACCCAGACAGUAGCAAAGCAAUAGUCAAAAUCCAUGUGACUGACGCCAACGAUAACGCACCGGUGUUUGUGUUUCCUGACCAAUCAACAAUAACUGCCGCUAAGGGAAAAUACUACGCUAUCGUUACCCCGGACAUGUUAUUGGGUACUAAUGUAUUGCAAGUUAAGGCAAAAGACAAAGAUAGCGGCGAUUACGGCAAAAUAGAAUAUCAAAAGAAUUCCUGGACUAAGGCUACUGAAGAAUACUUUAGUUUGGAUCCUGAUACGGGAAUCAUCAGUAAUAUAAAAACUUUCGAGAAUGUUCCGGAUGAAGUACUGCCUUUCAAGUUCAGCGUGACAGCUAGAGAUAAUCCUAGUUCACCUCAGGAUUAUAAUGUAGCCAGAGUCUCUGUUGUGAUAAACCUCCUUCAAAAAGAAAAUCAACUAGUAGUAGAAGUAGGUGAUCUAAACGCAGACGCGAUGAGACGUCGCUCGCGCAGUCUUUUAACUGCCAUAGAAGACAAAACAGGACUUAUUGUAGGUCUAGAAAAACUCACUGCAAGACAUUAUCUCGGAGAUAAUGGAACACUCGAGAGUGAUAAGAAAGGAACUGAUGUCUGGUUGUAUCUGAUUGAUCCGGGUAGUGGCAAAAUUUUGACUCGAGAAUCAACGCAUGUAAAAAAAGCUAUAGAAAGCGGAGUCCGUAAAGCAGUAGCAGCGCGUCUUCAGUCACCAGUGAGUGAAGUGCGGGCACCGCUACUUCCUGUAGAACCUCCCCGUAGACCAGUGGCUGCUGCAGCGCCUUUAGCCACUGCUCUACCAGCUGCCUUAUUGGCUCUUGCUGCUCUUGUAUUAGUAGCUGCUUCUGCUGCUACUAUUUAUAUCUGCGCUUCUUGGAACAGAUACAAAAAGCACAAAGAAGAAGCAGUGCAACAGUAUGGAACUCUAAGUAUGAGUAUGCCACCGCCAAGACCACCGUCAGCGUAUGAUUCAAGUGAAGAUGACCCUGCUCCUAGAUAUGAAACUCAAGUUCUAAAUAUGGCAGUAGAUGAUGGAGACUUGCAGCUAGAUUUUAGCCCAAAUAACCAUGCCUUUAAUAUACAUAAUGUUCAGUAUUUAUCGAAGGACAGUGAAAGAAGUCCAACGCUCUCAGAAACAGCGACAACGGCCCGAGCAUCAAGUGUUAAUGAGAAUAACACUCUUAAUAACAGUCAAAUAAUGGACGCAAUUGCAAAUAACACGGCCAAUAUCCGCAAUGCUCAAACUCUAAACCGAAGAACCUCAAACCCGCACGCUUUGAACAACGCAAUAGGAACUCUGCCUAGAGUUACCAAUAAUAACGUAGGCAACGGGUUGUCCACUACACUCGGCAGAAAAAUAAAUGGCGGUAACAACCAUAAGAAAAAAAUAACACAGCCUAUCAUGGCUUAUGAUGAAAUACCAGGACUACAAAGAGCAUCAGACAACGACAACGUCACGUUUGGUAAAAGAAAUUUUACAGGGUUUUCUUACGACCCCUCGCCAGUAGAGACUACCACAGAACUAUAGUCGCAGAAGUGAAUCUCAAAGUGUCAGUGUAAAGUGGGCAAAAGUAUAAUAGACUCUUGUGAUUUAUGAACGUCCAGAAUGUGAUGAACACUAGGUGCCUUGUUGAAGGUCAAUUUUGAAAGUUUCUUUUCAAGUACACUCUAAAUACUAACGAUACCCACAUAAAAAAAAUCAAGCUAUUACUUGCUAUGAUUACUAUAAUUACUGCCUAUAACUUAGUUUUUUAGCAUUAAACAAUAGGAAAUUUAAAAUCACCAGGCGCUAUUUUCAUUCAGUCAAUUUGUAAACAAAACAAUUUGCCAAAUACCGUCAAACAAAUUCUCAAACAUAAUAUUUACUACUUUUUUAUAAUUAUUACGUUAAAUUUUAUAGUGUUUAGUAGGUACCUAUUCUAACUAUAAAUCUUUACUUAUUAAAUUUCUGUCUUUACGCAAUCUAUUUCAAU